AUGCUUCGGCGAGAGUCAGCGUCAGCGGUGCUGUCGUCGCAACGUCGUACAACAGCGAAAGAAGACGACAACAACAACAACGACGACGCUUUGAACAUCCGAAAGAAGCAUUUGAAAGCCAGGACGAUCGAACACUCGGAACAAAUGGGAGACGACGAUUCAAGCGCGUGUCUCAUGGACGUUUCCUCACCUGUUUCUUCCACUGUGGAUUCAAAUGAUCGCAAUUCGAGUUGUAGCAGUAGCAAAAGUGAUCAAAGUAAUCAAGGAGAAACCGUUACACGUUGUCGCAUAAAACGAAAAGGAAAUUCCCGUGGGAAGAAGAAGAAGACGACGACGAAAAAGAGUGCAUGUCACAGUAUGGAUUUGUCAUCAUGUAUUAUGGAGGUACCACCACCACCACCACCUGGUGAAUUUAAAUAUUUAAAACCCAAUGAGAUUCAAAGUGGACAAUUACCAGAUUAUGAUUUUGCAAUUCUUGUAUAUCGUACAAUUCAAUUGCCAGGAUAUAUGAAACGAACAAUGACUUGUCGCUGUUGCGAAACAGUCUCAGGUGUUCCAUCGCCAAUUCAAGGCACAACAAAAUCCAAACAACGAAACUGUAUCGAUAGUCUCACAAAUGCAUCUCAUGAAUUCUCAGGCUUUAAUCGAUUAUGUAUGGCCACUUCUCCUAGUGUCGAUGAAAGUGAAGAGGAACAUCGUCGCAUUGUGACAAAAUUAUGUACACAAGGACUAUUGGUGGAUAUUCUUGAUGGUGGCGAUUCCACGGGCGAAAUGUCUUCAGGUUAUUUGAUUCUCUUGAUUCGAGCUCCAGAUUCGAUUGUCCUGUCAUUAGUCAAGGAAUUUCGAAUCCAAACGUGGAUGGAACAUGGUGCCGUUGUUGAUAUGGAAGCAGAUGUUGCCCAACGUCGAGAUGAUCCAACUACUCCAGCUGAACGGAUUGAAAUUGUGGAUUUUAUUAUUGAACAACGUGCAAGAUUAACCAAGAGUGAUGUCUGGAUCCAUGAUCUCUUUCCAAUGCAUAAUCAAAGUGUUACCAAGACAUUAAUUCAUCGAUGGGUUGCAUCCUUGCGACUCCAUGAAGUUGAUGAUAAGAAAGUUUUUCUAUCCCUACGCUACAAUUUUGGUGAAAAAGUGGCAUAUUAUUUUGCUUUUCUAAAAUACUACAAUAUGUGGCUCAUUCCACUUGCAGCAAUUGGUAGUUUACUCGAGCUUUUACGUGGCGUCAUUUCUAUGACUCUCUAUAUGCGACUUUUACCAUUUUGGGGUCUUGGAGUCUCGGUCGUUUGGGGGUUUGCGUUUCUCAAGUCAUGGGAGCGAGAAAACGCGUGCAUGCAGUAUAAUUGGACAGGUAAACUCCACGUGAAGCAAAUUGAGUAUCGAAACAAACAAUUUUAUGGAGAAUCUCAAGUCAAUGCGUUAACGGGUGAUGUGGAAGUGGUGUAUCCGGCAUGGCGACGAGUACCCAAAUAUUUUUGCGUGUUUCUUUUUAUGCUGUGGCAAAUGCUGAUCAUGCUCUUUCUCGUAGCAAGCUGGGUAACAAUUUAUGAGAUUUUGAAAGCUACGUACAAGGAAAGCCACAUUUUUUCAACGCAGUGGUUUCUCAUCUUGCUUGAGGGAUGUAUUUUUGGUUUCUUCGUGGACGUUGUUCAGUGGAACAUGGUGGUCACAAAGAUGGGAGCUUUGUUCACACAUUGGGAGAACUAUCGAACAGAGGAACAGUAUGAAAAGGCAUUGAUCCGCAAGCUAUUUUUGCUUGACUUUCUCAACUACUACACCUGGUUCUUUUCGCUAGCGUUUGUUUUCGUAAUUCCUGGUCUUGGCAAUUACUUGACAAACACGUUCAACCACAUGUUUUUCGGUGAUGCUAUGAACUGCUGUUUCGGCCCGUAUGUAGACCAAGACGGGUCAUGUACCACGUGUCCUGUGGGCGAUAAGGAUGCCACAUGCAUUGAGUGUAUCGGGUUUUUCACUUUCGAUCGCCACCACGUAGAUCUGAGCGCCAUGUUUGUCACUCCCAUCGUUAUAACACAGCUUUUGAACAUAUUAGUAAGGCUGGUGGCACCCAUUCUCGUGCGGAAACGUCGUGAAAGCGCUCAGGCACGGGCCGACGCACGAGCACAAAAGCGCAUUCACGAGGCAGGCUCAAUGAAGAUCUUAGGAUCGCUGGAUUAUGAAGACCAGAAGGAGUCUCAAUUUGCUAACAAGUCUAGCUCACGCGAGCAAGAUACUUACGAUCCAUAUGACGACUUCCACGUGCUAACAGCGCAGUUUGGCUUCACCGUCAUGUUCUCAAUGCUGUGGCCGUUGAUGCCUUUUGCUUGCUUCUUGGUCAACAGUGUGAAGGGCCGCACGGAUGGCUAUCGACUCUGCAAAACACUGAAGCGUCCGAUUCCACGCCGAGCUAAUGGUAUUGGUGCUUGGAAUAGUAUUCUCACCACUUACGCGUAUAUUGCUGUUAUUGUUAACGUCUUACUGAUCUGUAUCUCAACUGGCGUGCUCGAGUUCUUCGAUGAAACGUGCGUGAGCGACAUUAAGCACCAGCUCGAGAAGCAAGGGAAAACGUUGGACGACUUCAUCUUUGGCCCGAACUUUGGCUGCCUGCACAUUUCUUGGCGAUUGCUCUUCAUCCUUUUGUUGGAGCACUUUUUUGUGGCGAUAGCUUACGUGAGUAUGCGGCAUAUUUCCGGUGUGCCGAGCUGGAUAAAAGAUGUCAUGAGUGCGAGAGAACAUAAGUUUAAAGGGCUACUACGUGAGCAUGAGCUAGAAUUGUUUCCAUUAACCAAUGGCAGCGGUAAAAAAGAGGGAAGCAGCGAUGUUGGUAAGAUUGUAGAUACUGGAAGUGACAAGAGCACGACAUCGUCGGAUUCAACUCGCAUUGAUAUCAAGCGCCACGUGGACUAUGUAGGCAACACGACAAGUCGCAGCACUCGUGGGCCUUCAUCUGAUUUGUCAUCUCCAGCGACAACACCUGUGAUUCCUCCUCCUCGUCCAAUUUUGGUCGAUCCCAUGACACCACUUCCACAAACAACAAGCGAGAUAGAAUUUCCUGCUAGCACGGGUGUUCGCGCGAAGGCUCGCGAAAAGCUGGCGCGGCAAUGGUCGGACGGCUCAGACCAGUAA